AGAAGCCCGCCCCAGCCCCCGCCGCCGCGGCGGCGCCGGCGGCGCCCGUGAAGGCUCCGCCGCCGCCGGGUGCCGCACUGGCGGCUCCAGCGACCCCGGCCAACGACCUCAUGGGCCUGAGCUUUGACACCGCCACGCCGUCGGCGCCCUCGGCGAUGGGCGGCUUCGACCCCUUCACCGGGUCGGCCGCUCCUGCGGCGCCCAAGCCGGCGACCUUCGACCCCUUCGCCGGCAUGGCGCCCGCCAGCGCGGCGCCCGCCGGGGCCAUGGGCGGCUUCGGCCUAGGCGGGGCGCCCGGAGCCGGCCCCCCGGCGGGCGGCAUGCCCGCGUUCCCGGGGGGUGCAGGGAUGCCCGCUGGCGGCAUGGGCUAUCCAGGCGGCAUGCCCGGCGCCCCUGGCAUGCCCGGCAUGGCGCCAGGCGGCAUCCCCGGCGCUCCCGGCAUGCCAGGCAUGCAGCCAGGCGGGAUGCCCGGCAUUGCGGGCGCUCAGGCAGCACAGCAGGCGCAGAUAAGGAACACGAGCUACGACCCCUUCGCGGGCUGCUGAGGCGGCUGCUGCUGGAGCGGUUGCUGCCCGCUGCGCCCGACGUUCCGCCCCGCAUUCGGCUCCCCGCGCUUCCCUCCUCCCCUCUCUCGCCUUCCCUCCCCUCCCCUCCCGCUUUGGUGUUGUAGGGCCAAGCAUCACGGUGCUCGUCCUGCUUGUCUGCGGCGUCGGUAGGGCCAGCAAUGCAGGCGCGCUCGCUCCGGUGGCCUGAACGUGCAGUAUCAAGCCGAAGGGCCUGGAUCUGGUGGCGCUGCUCUGAUAAUUCAGUGGCUGUGUGGGCGCAAAAUGGGCUCGAGCAUUGGAGAAGGCAGCCGGCAAGCAGGUACCAGGUACCCCACGCGCGCUCUUUCUAGGCUGGACGUGAGACCGAUGUGAGUGCCCUCGCGCUCUUGCCCAUCAUGCCUGCUCUCUCUCUCUCUGUCUUCGCCCCCCC